AUGGUGGUCUUCCGAUCCCCUUCGUGGGUGCCUGGCUUGCCCUUUGAGAUUCCGGACUCGAUCCCAAUCAGUGAUUUCGUCCUAGACCCCAGGUAUGGCCGGCUCAACGAGCAAAUGUCUCACCCCGCAUUCACGUGUGGUGUCACUGGGGAGACGUACACAGUCAAUGAGACGCGGAAGAGGGUCGAGUAUCUAGCAAUGGGCCUGAGUAAAACGCUCGGGUGGCAUCCAAAUACGGGUUGUCAAGUGGACAAGGUGGCAGUCAUCUAUGCAUCCAAUUCAGUCGAUUACAUCCCGCUAACAUGGGCGAUACAUCGUCUAUCCGGGAUCGUGUCAACGGCAAGCGCAGCCGCCACAGCAGAAGAACUCGCGUACCAACUUCGUGACAGCGGAGCAAGUGUCCUCUUCGCCAGUUGCGGUCUCCUUCAGACAGCAAUCACCGCCGCUGAGACUGUCGGGAUCCCUCAAAAUAGGGUUUUUCUGGUCGAGAACGAUCUGGACCAGGUAUCGGCAGGACUCAAGAUGACACAAAACAAGUUCCUGACCACCAAGUGCCUCAUGGGAGUCGGAGCCACGAUGGACCAAAUGGACGACUUGAACUGGAAGAAGGGUGAAGCCAGAGAAAAGAUCGCCUUUCUUUGCUAUUCGAGUGGUACCUCUGGUCUUCCGAAAGGUGUCAUGAUUUCUCAUUACAAUGUAAUGGCGAAUGUAUUACAACUCGCCGUGUUCGAAAGGACACAGAGAACGGGAGAAACAGAGGUGUGCCUCGGUCUUCUACCCCAGAGCCACGUUUACGGGCUGAUUGUCAUCUGCCAUGCGGCCGUAUACCGAGGAGACGGAGUCGUGGUCCUGCCGAAAUAUGACUUCAAGCAACUUUUGGCCUCGAUCGAGUGCUACUCGAUCUCGGUCUUGUUUCUGGUGCCCACAAUCCUCACCCAGAUCGCGAAAAGUCCGUCUGAAGUGGCAAAGUACAAUUUGAGCUCCGUGACCACCAUAAUGGUGGGCGCCGCCCCUUCUGGCCGAGAAAUACUAGAGACGCUCAGUACCGUGUUCCCCGGAAGUGUCAUCCGGCAAGGCUAUGGUCUCACGGAAGCCGCAACGGUUGUCUCUUCCACCCCACGGCAUGAUGUGUGGUUGGGGUCUUCCGGGUCAUUACUACCUGGGAUAGAGUGCAAGAUAAUUGACGACGAUGGCAAAGAGGUUGGCUACGACCAAAGUGGUGAGCUCCUCGUGCGGUCUCCAUCGGUGGCUUUGGGCUAUUGGAACAAUGCCAGAGCCACGGCCGAGACCUUUCAAGGCGGAUGGCUGAGAACGGGAGACGUGGCUCUGUUUCGACGCAGCCCCCCGGGUCAUGACCACGUCUUUAUCAUCGAUCGACUCAAAGAACUAAUCAAAGUCAAAGGCAUGCAGGUGGCCCCGUCCGAGCUCGAGGCCCUUUUACUAUCACAUCCGGCCGUUGCUGAAGUUGCAGUCAUUCCCCUUCCCGAUGAGCGGUCGGGCGAAGUUCCCCGAGCUGUGGUAGUCAAGUCCUCGACAUCCGACGUUUCAAACAUGGACAAUCAUCAACUGGCCGAUGAGCUUCAGCAGCUGGUUAGUAAAGAGAAGUCGCGGUACAAGUGGCUCACUGGUGGUGUGGUUUUUGUCACUUCCUUGCCCAAGAACAGCACUGGAAAACUAUUGAGGCGCGUAUUGAGAGAUCGGUAUAGAGUCAAAAUGGCUACAAAGCUGUGA